GGGCCCUUCCAUGUGACGCAUAAAGCUCGAGGCGCGAGUGGCCAAGCUAAAGGAGCGGACCACAGGAGCCUGCGAGCAGAGAUCCACGUGCCUCCCUCCAGUUCACAGCGCGCUUACAGCUUCUAGGAACGUGUCGCCAUGGAGCCGCGCCACGCGGCCUCCUCGCUCCUCGUCGCCGCCCUGAGCCUGGUCGCUCUGCUCGCCCCGGCGCGCGCCAACCGCACGUGCGCGGUGGACAACUUCCCCGUGAUGGACAACUUCGACAAGGAGCGGUACCUGGGCAAGUGGUACGCAGUCUCCAAGAAGGACCCGGAGGGGCUCUUCCUGCAGGACAACAUCUCAGCCGACUAUACCCUCGACGAGGACGGCAACUUGGUGGCCACCUCGCGUGGCCGUGUCAAACUCUUCGGGUUCUGGGAGGCGUGCGCUGACAUGGUGGCCUCCUACAUCGUGGCCAAGCCCGAAGUGAAAUCCAAGAUGUUCAUGAAUUACCAAGGGCUCGCCAGCUACCUCUCCAGCGGGGGAGACGACUACUGGGUGAUCGACACGGACUACGACUCGUACGCGCUCACCUACUCGUGCCGCUCGCGCGACGAGGAGGGUCUGUGCGCCGACGGCUACUCGCUGGUGUUCGCGCGCACUCCGCGCGGCCUGCCGCCCGGCACGCAGCGCAUCAUCCGCGCGCGCCAGGACGAGCUGUGCCUGCUCGGGCACUUCACGCCGGUGGUGCAGAACGGAGCUUGCCCAUGAAGCAAAGGAGGGUGGCAAGGUGGGCGGAGGAGCCCUCACCGCCUGCAAGAUCUCCCCCAGUGCUCAGCCGACACACACAACCAUAACCAGCGAUGUGCAUUAUUCAACAUAUAUCGACAUUAUAUGAUAGGGUAUUGUGCAUUUAAUGAUAUUCAAACAUACAAUACAUAGGUGAGAGACUAUAUAUAGUUACAUCCUCAUCAGUCCUCCGCAAGUGGUGAAAGUUAGGUCUAUGAAUAAAUUUUCCAAAAAUUUGGUCAAUUUUACUGUUUUACUGUUGUGUCCACCCAUAACAACAAGUUGAUAGCAAUAUUCGUGUGAUCUUGAUUUGAAGCUUUCGUGACUGCAGGAAUCCAUACUCUUUGGUUCUUUCUGUAAAGUCACUUAGGUAGAAAAAUAAAAUAAAUCACGACGUUUCAGGCGCAACACAAGCGUCCGUCAUCAGGUGGGAAAGCAUGUUUAUUUUAUACCUACGUGACUUUACCGAAAGAACCAAAGAGUAUAAUAUUCGUGUGAUAGUAUAUGCAUCAUGCCCUCAUGCUUCAUUAUGAAACUAAAAAGAAAGAAUAUUGAAUACGUGUAUGAAGAUACUGAUCUUUCCUUUGAUACAUGAAAAUAGAACUUCGAUCCAUUUCACUUUAGGUAAAUUCAAGUCUUUUUGUGGGAUUUUUUAUAUUCUCUACAUGCAGGAUUAUAGGUGACACAAAUGAUAAUCCUUCCUCAGUAUCCAUCUCCUGGAUAGUGAAACUACUCUAUUCUUCCGAAUGCUGGACUUUGCGCUUAUAUAGCAGUUGAAACACAGCUCCGGUGAUAUAUUUACAACAAUGUGCUGCCUCUCUUUGCCUUCGUCUCUUUUCCCUUCCACUUUAACAACGAUCGACAGCGCCUCCAAACGAUCGUCAUUCAAAAAGUAUCAAACACCCCGCUGCAAUUUUCAGAGAGCAGAGGUCACACAAAGCUGCAGUCGCAGUGCCUCGUGUCCUGAGAAAUCGCGCGCUUGCUGUGACUGACCACAGCGUGUGGGCAGUAGUGGUCACUGAUGGCCAGAUGGAGAGUGUGACUGGCAGUGGUCCAUGUCGUUCAGUCACUGUGGCCAUGCAACACAAACUGUGGACCACACAAUAAACCACUGCAGCCUGCGCUCCUUCCACGGAAGUGUAACAGCAAAAACGACGCAAACUCUCUGUCUCUCCUGAAACCCUGUCGUGGACAGCAGACAUCCACGUUGGCAUUUAGCUCAUGGACGUAUCACUGCCAUCAUGUGCAAGCACAGAGCGUACUCCGUGUGAGCUGUGCACAUGUGGGGAUGCAAUCGACCACAACCCCCCCCCCCCCCCCCAAAAGCAAAGGUGAGAAUUACAUCUGACUUGUUCUCUCUCAGAACACCCUAUUUUAAGAGAAGCAUUCUAGGGCAAAGGAAAUACUGUACAUGCAUUUUAAGAAUUUUCAGAACACAUUCGACAAUGCUGCGCUUACUAGUGAUCUGCAACAACUAUUGCAGAGCAGAUAAUGUUACAAUGUCUCUCGAUCAUUAGAAAUGAGGAGGAAGUGUCACCAUGCGUCGAGACGCUUUGUAGAUGUUUAGUUCUCCCCCUGUAAAGGCUGGCUCGCGGUGCGCCAGUGGGGUCAAUAAACAUGACAAGCUUGGCAAGUGCCAACACCUUUUGCAGCCCUGCAAAGCCCAAUGUGUGAAACACGUCUCGUCCUCUUCGCUCGUUGCUACAGAAUGUAGCCUUCGAGCGUAUCUCUCUUAGCAUCACGUGACAUCCAUGCCACGUUGCAUGCUUUUUUAUUUAUCUAUCGUGCAACGACUACAGAUACAUAGCCAAGGGAGAGAUGCUGUGGUGCAAUGAUUAUUCCCACAUUGGAUUUGCAAUCGAAACUCAACAAAGGACGUGUGUUUGGUGAUGCUGCACUGGGCACCACGUGCUGCACAAGCUGCCAUUCACAAACACCCAACACACUCGUCGACACCCGAUGCAUUGCAAUAAACAAAUAUAACGAGCAA